GGUGAAUUCAAGAACUGAGGCUUUGCAUUUCAUCAUGUAAUAGGCUAAUCGUAAAUUGUAUUGCAUAUACUCGUAGUCCUAUUAUUAUUGAAACAAUGGAGUGAACACUCAUGUAUUAUUUUUAUCCAGCUAAUUCGGUGGGUGAUAAUGUCGAUGUGUACGUCUUUGAUACGGGGAUUUAUUUGCAACAUAAAGACCUCGGAGGAAGGGCGAAGUGGGGCACUGACACCAUCGAUUCACCAUCCCCCUUAACAGAUCAACAUGGCCAUGGUACACAUGCUGCAGGUACUAUUGGUGGUGCUAUUUUUGGGAUUGCAAAGAUGGCAAAUCUAAUUGCAGUAAAGGUAUUAAAUAGAAGAGGAAAAGGAUCGACAAAGUCUAUAAUUAAGGGUGCAGUAUGGGUUGAAGACCAGCAUCUUAAAAAGAUGUCUAAAAUUACUCGAGCUAAUGGAUCAGUUGCUAACAUGUCCAUUGGUGUAAGACGUUCGCAUUCUGUGAACCGAGCUGUAGAAAGUCUGAUUGGCAGCGGCGUAACAACGGUUGUGGCAGCAGGCAAUGAAUUCGACGAUGCUUGUAAACUAUCACCAGCUAGCGUUAAAACAGCGAUAACAGUUGGCUGCACUACGUCUUCCGAUCGGUUCUGUGUUUACAGCAACGUCGGCAAAUGCGUGAAUAUCCUUGCACCGGGUCAAGGCAUUGCGUCAUGCGGAAUACGUGGUCCAGUUUCAGUCACCACUAAAUCUGGAACGUCAUUCUCAGUAGCACACGUGACCGGGGUGGUAGCCAAGUACAUCAGCUCGCUGAACUCACUACCAACGCCAGCUGAGGUGAAAAAGUGGAUAGAAAAGAACGCCACCAAGAACAUGAUUGCCAAAGUACCUAAAGGAACUCCUAACAAACUGGUGUUCAUGGAAUGUUACUAAGUGACGGACUCCUCUCAGAGAGAACGUGUUAUUAUUAUUGACGGUCACUUCUUAGACCUGUUUUCAUUAUUUGUUUCAUUUAUCUCAGUAUUUACCUGUAUCUUUUACAAAAUGAAUUGAAUUAUAUUCUUAGCUGGCUCAUAAUAUAUA